AUGGACAACGAAGCACCCGAGCAAGUGCCAGCACUAGCUUCCACCAGGGAGGGCAACAAAAAGGAAGUGACUAGCAGCAGAAAAGAGAGGCCAUCAGAAACCAAGACUGUCGAUCCUCCUAGAGCAAAAAGACAAAAGAGAAAGGACCAAACUCAACUCAUCAGCGAUGGUGCUACCUUGCAGCAGCAGCAGCAGCCAAGUCCUCUAAUGGUGCUCCCGCCAGCAGUUACAGGCAUCGAGAAUGAACUAACUAAAGCCAAGAAGAAAAACAAAAGACAACGGUUGGAAGAAGACAAGGAUGAUGCCAGCAAAGAGUCAGAGCGUGUGAUGCUGCCGCCGAUGAUGAUGAUGAUCUCAUUCGUAAAGCCAAGACAGAAGCGCACAAAGAGGAGAAAGACAAGUGGAAAAGAAUUGGCAGCACCAACGGAUGAUGAACAGGAGGCAACAAGAAAUAAGGACAAAUGUGAAAUCAAGGCAGGAGCAGCAUUUGAUCAGGUCAAUAGAGCAUGGAAAUUACUCGAAGAACGUCACCGGCAAGAUGUUAGGACAGCCGGGUUUGGAAGCAUAGAGGAAUGCCAAGUAAAGCACUCUAUCUGCAAACCGCUUGCAGCACACAUCUACGACAACCUGGACACAAAAAGCAUGACAAUAACAUUCGGUGAAGCUGAUCAGCAGAAAGAAAUCAAGAUUACCGAGGAAGCUAUACACAAGGUGUUUGGAUACCCAAACGGCACGGAAAAGUCAGCACCAAGGCCAGCGAAGAGCCCAACUUCAAUGAGCGAACUGAUCACAGAACUUGGCCUCAAGAAAAUGGAUUUCCAUCACGACGAUCUGUUUAAAGAACUAGAAAAAUUGGUGAAACAAACAAGCCAUUAUGGUCAAGGACUUGGACUAUCCAGAAAUGGCAAAGAUGGAUUUCUGCGAGUAUUACAAGCACAACAAAGAGAAGAAGAUGCCCAUGCAAAACAGAAAGUUGAUAUAGAAGAGCUUUUCAGCACAAGAGCAUUUCAGAUGACCGAUACAGGGGAGAAAGCCUCAGACACUCCACCUGGUGACACACCCAAGGCUGGUAUACAAAGCAAAGAAAAAGUGGACGCACAAACGGAUAUCCCAACCACCGGCGCAAAGGAAACAAGCGAGGACGGUCAUGCCGAAGAACAGCAAGGAGUACAAACAGAACAAACCAAAAAACAAGGGCAAAUGGUGACUAAACUGGUACCCAGUACGCCGACCAAAGAGCAGUCUUCACGUGACAAACACAACCGAGAAGACAUGCCACCAGCAUCGAACACCAACGAGAAGAAAGAAACAAAUGAAGCAGAAGAUGUGCCUCAAGAAGCGAUAGAAAGUGCUGCUACCGCUCGACAAUGUACAAAAACUCUAGAAGACAGAGAAGAAGUGACAGGCACGGCACCAGAGAGAUUGAAUGUAGAGAUCCAAGAAACAGAGGAGAGCACCAAUAUUCAAGACCAACAAACACAACAACACAAGGGAAUGGAACAAGCAGAAGAUGUUCUUCCAACAACGGACAGCAGAGAGUCAGACAACAACAAGAAAAAGGCCGCACCAUCAGACAAGAAACAUUGUGCUGUAAAAGAUGUUGCCGCCACAAACACGACGGUAACCCAGGACGGCACUCAAAGAGAACGUGAACCAUUGAUCAUACAAAACCUGGCCAUCGAGGAAGGCACAAAAGAUGAAGGGAUCGAACGCCUGUACAACAACGUCAUGACAGCGAAUAAGGACAAAGGGCACGAGAUUUUUUAUAAAUACAGAGACGUCAACAGUAACGGUCAGCCUCAUGGCAGAAAGCUUCGAGGUUGGAAAGGCAGUGCGCAGCGAAACCAUGGCAGUCAUGCUACAGAUGUUGAAAAAGCAAUUCAGGGGCACAAAGAGAAAGAUUCUAUCAAUAUACAACACCAAGAGAUUCCUCCAACUCCCGAGCACAUUGGAACGAGCACUCAAGAGAUAAAAGUUAUUGACAUUAAUGACACAAGCAGCGAUGAGGAGAAAGAAGAUUAUCAUGUGAGCAGCAAGGAUACCACCAAGGCAUCUGAAGAAGCACUCACGGAAGAACAAGCCCAGACAGAUGCUGGUUUACAGAGGGAACAACACGCGCAGCCAGACACUGAUUUACAAAAGGAAGACGAACGGAAAGAUCCACUGAUAGAACCAGACAGACCACCCCCACAUAAAAAGACAGAAGACAUAACAGGCUCUCCUUUAGAAGGUGAUAACAGGACAAAGAGCAUACCAACUCGCCAACAAGAGCUUUCCAAACAGAACAAGAACCCUGUUGACGAAGAUCGCAAACCAGGAACAUCACCCGAGGUGAAACAUGCACAAGAAGAAAAGAAGCAGAAAGAGAAGGAUUUAAUGGAAAAGAUACUUGAACAAAGGAAACGCGAUGCUACAGUCUCAGUAGAACCGAGCAUCAAAAACAACAUCACACAAAAGGAAACACCAACACCUGGGCAGCCUAACGAGCAGGCGCAGCUAGACAACCACUACACGCUCUAUGUACUGAACAAGUACAGAGAUAUCAUCGACAUCCUUGACUCACUGAACUAUGUAAACUACGCCGAUUUGUCUUGGAGUCAACACCACGUGCAUCAAGCAGAACUGAUGAGAAGGAUGUCCGUGCUGAUGAACAAGCACCACAAACUAAAACACAAGAAUGAACCAGACUGGGGAAGGAUAGCAGAAAGGCCUCACAGGGUCUGCACACCAAAGCAAGAAGGAACACAAUGCGGUCACUUCACGGCCCAAUUUGCGAAAUACUGUAAUGGGAAAGAACUGGUCAAGGACGGAGAGGAUUUUCAUAAUAUUCUGGGUUUAAAGGAUAAAAGAAAACCUAUGAAGAACUUCAGAGAUGAUUUCACACGAGAAAAGGAUAUCUUGGUUCCUUUGUUCCUUAAGAAAUGUCAAUCAGUGAAGCUCAAAACAGCAAAAAUGGUAUUCUUGCCAUUUGAAAAGGAAGACCGAUACACACUAUUCGUGCUCGACAGAUAUAGAAGGAAGCUUCAAAUCAUUGAACCUGAAGAAACCUCUCUUGAAGAAUUGAAGAGGCAAGAAUACCUGAAAAAUCAACGUGAUCGACACGUGCAUGAUGGCAAACUAAUUAAGCAGAUUGCUAACAUGGAAAUCAACGAAGCCAACAAAGAAAAGGAGCAUAACAAAUACCACAACCAUAAAGACAAACUGGUGCCCAGGUUUAAAGAAGUAUACGAAAUAUUACUGGGUGAAAAAUUCGAAAAGGAAAAGACUAGAUGGGAUGUUCAAUUUUUACAGGGCGUUCCAAAGGUGAACAAAGGUGAAACCCCUUUUGCUGUUCUAAGGUUCGCGCAUCUCUUUGAUGGCAACCACUUCGUCGAAGAGAUAGAUAACUUCGACGAUGGCACGAAACAAUGGAAAGCACAACAACUGUGCAGGCUACUAUUUAGCGAUCAGAAUACAAUCGAACCCAGCGAAAUGUGCGAUGAGAUUAGAAAGAUCUACGACGACAUCACGGAAUAA